GGCUCAGGCUCAGGCUCAGACAUGGCAGCGGAGAGCAGCCUCAGCAGCAGCCAGGGCUCGCUGCGCAGCCUGACGGCGGGCGAGGUGCUGGUCCGCUCCACAGCGGUGCGCAGGGAGCAGCUCCCGGCCGGCGGCCGCGGACGGCGAGUGGCGAUCGCUGUGCAGAAGCUCCGUGCCGGGGGCUCGCCCUGCCCGGGGGAUUCGGCUGCAGACGGAGCUCCCCACAUCACCGCGGGAGCCUGGGCUCCGUGCGGGGCAGGGACCCCCCGGGACUCCCCCGGCGCCGCUCCAGGAGUCCUAAGCACCAAGGGGUAUCCAGAAUGUCUGCUUCCUGUCGAAAAUUCAGCGCCCAUAUUUUUAUCCCAAAUGGAUUAUCCUGGAGAAGCUGCAUCACAAGAUGAUUCUUCACUGCUGCUGGAAGAUAGCAGAGGACCUGAAGAUGAUGUUUUUAUUUCUCAAUAUGCUACUGGCCAGAAAGAAGCUCUGAGAGCAAUAUUAAUGCAAAAAACUCAGAUUGUUCCUGUUCACAAGGAGGUGAAGGUGCAGCUCUUGGGAAGUGCCCCCACAGAAAAAAGGGAAUGUGCUGGGGGUGACACCAGGUCAGCACCCAGAGAAGUUGACUCUGCAACAACCAUUGCAGCAGCCACUGCUGCUGCCAUUGCCACAGCAGCUCCACUUCUCAAGGUUCAAAAUGAUUUGGAAGCAAAAGUGAACUCAGUUUCAGAACUGCUUCAGAAAUUGCAGGAGACAGACAGGCAGCUCCAGCGAGUGUCUGAACAGCAAAAAAACAUGAAGGCUCAACAUGAGGAUCCCCACUACCACCAGAGAGUCAGUGAGCUGGAAAAACAAAUGAAUGCUUUCAUGGUGCAACGGAUUCAGCACUUGGAAAAGCUCCAGGAGCAACAGAUGAAUAUUCAGUCCCAGCUCAUCAGCUCUGCAGUGAACAGCCGUGGCCUGCAGCAGGGUCCUGUGUCCUCUGGGCCCCUGACAGGACACUGGGAGAAGCCAGAGCAGAGAUCACUCACUAACAAAGCACCUUCAUCUCACAGGGGUUUGUUCCCUACCACUGCUGCACCUGCCCAAGUGUUCCCUGAAGCAUAUUCAAGCCAUUUUCCAAGUCAUGGGGUCCAUACACAAAAAUCUCCUCUAAAGACACCAGUUCCUCGAAGAUAUGCUCCAGAACCUGUACCCAAAAAUGGGAAAAUCUCAGAGAAAGAAAACUUUGUAGUAGAAAAAGAAAAUAUUCCCAAGCCUGCAAGAGAAGAUGAAGGGGAAGGUCUGGAACACGUUUUGAGUUCUCAAGAAAUACCACGGAAAGAAAUGGAAUAUUCCAAGAAGCUAGCACUAAGCGGCGGUGAAAAGGGCUGGCCUCCUGAGAGAUACAGACCCAGUGCUUUGCCUGCAGACUCAAUUCCUUCUUUUGUAAGCUACAAUUCAAUUGAGAAAACAGUGCAGAAAGCAGAUGAUUUACUUCAAGAUCUUGGCAAGUUGAGAAGAGAAAUGCACAACAUUCUACAGGGAGCAAGUUCAUGGAAAUCUGAGGUGAAAGAUCUUAUUAAGUCCAAAAAUCUUCUUGUUUCAUCUGGUCGUCCUGAACAUCAUCUGCCCAACAAACCAUCCAUCCUUCAGAAUGUCAAAGCACCAAGGUCUAUACUGACAGAAGCUGAAAGGGCUUUGAGAGGAGUGCAGAACAAUAAGAAAGUCUUUGAGGAGAAUCUGGAAGCUGUUACUCGUGCAAAAGAUGGAGAUGCCAUGUAUUCUUUCGGUGACUCCUCCAGUACAAACAGGGAUGUCUUGGAAGGGUUUCGUAUCCGAAGGACUGUGGAUGAGUGGAUCAAGGCAAUCAAUCAGGAAAUCCAGGCUGAAAUAACAAAAGAUAAUCCAGAUAAAGAAAAACAUGAAGAAAAAGCCCCAUGGAACAAGAGAGCCCAAAACCUCAGGGCUAUGAAGACCAAGGAAGAAAUUAAAGAGAGAGCUCAAAACGUCCAAAAAACGUCCUUGACAAAAAGGCCUUUAUCUGCACCUAAGCCAUUGCAGAAGCAGGUGGAAGAUACCACAAAGAAAGAGAAGUUUAGAACUUACCUUUCUGAAAAGAAGGAGAGCAAAGAAAAAAAGGCAGAUGUGAGUUCCCAAAAAGCUGUAGGUGGAACUGCACUGGUCCAAAAUGAAGAUUAUCUGUCACAAGUUUAUGGGAAACCCAUUUACCAGGGCCACCGUAGCACUCUUAAAAAAGCACCUUACCUGAGAUUCAACUCUCCCCCCUCCAGAUCUAAACCUUCCAGACCCAAGCUGAUAGAGGUUGUUAAAGGCACAGAGGUGAAGUCAGCAAGGACCCAGACCUGCUCCCACACACAGAGGGACACCAGCAGCCCCAUGGAGAAGCAGCCUGUGUGUGCCCUUCCCCAGCAGAAGCAGCACCUCUUCAGCCCCAGCCAGGAUGUCCCUGCUGCCUCUGGUCCUGUGGAAGGGCACCUCAUUCCCAUUGCUAUUCCACUAGGUAAAACCCAAAGCAGCAGCACAUUACCACAGCCUGCUGGAGUGAUCUUAGAUAAACCACACCCUGUCACAGUUACAACCUCCCUUCCUCCAGAGCCACCAAAGCCUCCAGUGGAGGUGAAAAAGCCAAAUAUAGCUGUGAUAGAGAUGAAAUCAGAGAAAAAGGAGCCACCUCAGCUCUCUGUGCAGGUGUUACCAAGUGUUGAUAUUGACAGUGUUUCAAGUGCCAGUGGAAGUGUAAAUCACAGUCCUCAAAGCUCUGAGCCUCAGCUCCCUCCUGUCACUACUGUAAUCCAGUCUCCAGAGGAAAUACCUGUGGAAGAGGAAGACACAAAGUUGCCAGGAACUGACUUCAUUGAGGUUACUGAUGUCACACAGGAUCAGGAAGAGGAGAAGGAUGAAAUUCCAGAACUCCACGAGCCUCAUCUGGAGCUUAAUGGCCAGCUUAGAGUUGCCUCACCACAAUACAAUGGUCCUUUGUUCCCUCCAGUGGUUUCUGCUCCUCAGCAGUCUGCUGAUAUUUUGGAUGAACUGAUUCAAAGGAAAGAAACCAUAGAAGACAAGUUGGUAAAUUGGGUGGAACAAGAAGUAAUGGCAAAAAUAAUCGAUGAGAUGCACCCAGCUCAGAAAGAAACUGUGCCCAACAUUAGCAGCUCAGACAGUGAAAGCAGUGAGGUUGUAAGCCCUGGCACUGUUGAAGUUGCAGGUGGUGGAGGAUUUCAGCUCUUUGUCAAUGCUGGUGUCCCUGUGGACUCAGAAAUGAUAAAUAAUUUUGUAAAGGAAGCUCUCAGUGAAACCAUUGCAACCAUGCUGGGUGACAGUAAGGCUCAGAGAGCAGUUCCUGAUCCCAGUGUUCCCUCCAGCACAAUCACAGUGAUGGAGGUUUCUAUGCCUACUCCAGUGCCAACACCCCAGGCCACACCACCACCAACACCACCUUCAGAAAAAGAAUUGCCUCAGGUCAAAACUCCAGUUUUGUCUCCAUCUCCUCCAGAGAUGAGUGAGGAUGUUCAUGGACGUGAAAAAAUUAAAGAAACAGGAGUUGAGAUUGCAGCUGCCAUGUGCCCUGUGGUCACCCCUGUGGUCACCCCUGUCACCACACCUCCCCCAGUUCCCACACCGAGCCCUCCUGUCUCAGAAUGGAACUCCCCAGCUAAAGAAAGGGAAAGUCCAAAGCUUCCAAACCCGUGGAAUGGUGCAGAGCUUCCUCUGGAAGAAGAGAACCCCAGUCCUGUCCUUGAAGAGCCAUUCCAUCCUAGGACUGUGGAGAUGUCAGUGGCCAAUGAUGAGGAACCAGAGGCUUUGGUUUUGCCAUCUCAGCAGCUGCCAGUGAGGCCCUUUGAGCCCCUUCCCUGCAGUGCCCUGGUGCCAUCACCUGUGCCCACGCUCAGCUCUGUGGUGUCCACGCAGGAGAGCAGCCUGACCCUCACAGAGACUGAGACCACAGACAGACCCAUCUCAGAAGGGGAGGUGCUCUUCACCUAUGGGCAGCCACUGCCUGCAGCAGCUUUAGCAGGAAGAGGAUUGUCUCUUCCAAACCUCACUGAGAGCUUAUCCAGUACUCUCCAAGAUGCCAAUGAAAUGGAUUAUGAUCCUCCAAGUGAAGGGCAGGUGCUGAGGAGAAUGGAUAAAGGCUGUCACAGGGAUCCUGUCCUGACACUUUUAAACAAAUUAAAUCAAGCACUUGUUUUUGUACGGGAAGGAAUUAACCACUUGGAGGAUUCUGAUGGCAGCAUUGGGCAGCUCAGUGAGGGUCAGAGACCAAGGCUGACCAGAGCACAGGAGAGAAUCCUGAUGGGAAAUUCCAUUUUUAUGGAGCAUCCAUCUGCUCAGAUCUCUGGGAACAGACCACGCCAGAGUCUCCGUUCUGCAUCUCCAGGGCAGCUUGCCCAAAUUGGAGCAGAAAUUCUUGGAGAUGCAGAUGCAAGUCCUAGUCCAAUGCUUUUGACUGAACUGGAGUCACAGCCAGGUUCAAUUCCUGCUCUGCCAGCAACCCAGCCAAGCUGCAGAAUCACACCAUUCUCAGAGGAUCUGUCCCAGGAGGAAAGCCAAGGUGCUGCACCCAUUCCAACUGUGACACCCCGAGUUAUCUUUGUGAUAAGGACAUCUGAGGAGAUGCCACCAGAAGGUUGUGUUCCUGUACCAAGCCCCUCCUCUGGUCUGAACCCAGCAGCAGGGAUUUUCGGUGAAAUUCCAGCACCAGGAGAGGAUGCUGCCCCUCAUCUGAAUCCACAUCUUCCUGCAGAAGGGGUGUCAGUGCAGCUGCCUGGCACGAACACAGAUAAUGAAACCCAGAGUCUGAGCAGUGCACAUGGAGAUUUGGAUUCUUCAGGGACAGACACAUUUUAAAGCUUAGGGCUGUUUUUGAUGGUCUCUGUCUGAAGAUGUUGUCACUGGUACAUUUGUCUGUCUAGUGUGAUAGUCUGGCUGUUCCAUCAAAAUAAGUCUUUCAGUACUGUUUAUUUUCUACUAUUUUUCUUAUAAUUUUGCUGUUAUUUAAAAUGGUUCUAUCUGUGAAUAUAUCAAUUAUUUU